CGGGAGCCUGGAGCGCGCUCCGGGCCGCCGGGUCCCCGCGCUGGGGGGCGCGGGGGCGCGCGUGCGCGGUACCGCGGUGACAGAGGGAGCCGCGAUGGAGGGCGCCCUGACCGACCGCCAGGUGAUAAAUGAAGGGGAGUCAAGCCUUGCCACUGAGUUACAGGAAGAAGUAGAGGAAAAUCCCAGUCCAACUGUGGAUGAGAAUAAUACAGUGUCUGCUAAAAAACAGGGACCAAAUUUACACAAUUGGAGUGGUGACUGGAGCUUUUGGACUUCAGGUUCCACCUACAAAGACAGGAAUGAGGAAUACAAAAGACAGUUCACGCAUCUACCUGAUACAGAGAAGCUGAUAGCAGAUUAUGCUUGUGCUCUUCAGAGGGACAUUUUGCUUCAGGGACGACUAUACCUUUCAGAAAAUUGGCUAUGUUUCUAUAGCAAUAUCUUCAGAUGGGAAACUACAAUUUCUGUUGCUUUAAAGAAUAUAACCUUCAUGACCAAGGAGAAAACUGCUCGACUCAUCCCGAAUGCUAUCCAGAUCAUUACAGAGGGUGAAAAGUUUUUCUUUACAUCUUUUGGUGCCAGGGAUAGAAGUUACCUCAGUAUCUUUAGAUUGUGGCAGAAUGUAUUAUUAGAUAAGAGCCUGACUAGACAGGAAUUCUGGCAAUUACUCCAGCAGAACUAUGGCACUGAGCUAGGCUUAAAUGCUGAAGAGAUGGAAAACUUGUCACUGUCGAAGGAGGAUAAUGUGCAGCCAAGAAGUCCAGGACAAAACAGCUUGGAUAACUCGGGGGAGAGAGAUGAAAAAUUAUCCAGGUCCAUCAGUUUUACUCGUGAAUCACUAAAUCGGGUUUCAGAAACAGAGUCACUUGAUGGGAAUUCAGCGAAAGGAGGCUUAGGGAAAGAGGAGCCCCAAAGAGAGAAACAGAUCAAAAAGAGUCCUUUACUAACUUCACCAAAGAGGUUAAGUAGAGUACCAUCAAAAUCACUGGACUUGAAUAAAAAUGAGUAUCUUUCUCUGGACAAAAGCAGCACUUCAGAUUCUUUUGAUGAAGAAAAUAUUCCUGAGAAAGAUCUUCAUGGAAGACUUUAUAUCAACCGUGUUUUUCAUAUCAGUGCUGAGAGAAUGUUUGAGUUGCUGUUCACCAGUUCACGCUUUAUGCAGAAGUUUGCCAAUUCUAGAAAUGUAAUAGAUAUAGUAUCUACCCCUUGGACUGCAGAAACUGGAGGUGACCAACUGAGAACCAUGACCUACACUAUAGUCCUUAAUAAUCCACUUUCCGGGAAAUGCACCGCUGCCACUGAAAAGCAGACACUGAAUAAAGAAAGUCAGGAAGCACGGUUUUAUUUGGUAGAUUCAGAAGUAAUGACACAUGACGUCCCCUACCAUGAUUACUUCUAUACCCUGAAUAGAUACUGUAUCAUCCGAUCUGCAAAACAUAAAUGCAGGCUAAGAGUUUCCACAGAUUUGAAAUACAGAAAACAACCAUGGGGCCUUGUCAGAUCUUUAAUUGAGAAGAAUACCUGGAGCUCAUUGGAAGACUAUUUCAAACAGCUUGAAUCAGAUUUGUUAGCAGAAGAAUCUAUAUUAAAUCAGUCCACUGAAGACCCUGGAAAACUUAGCAGCCUACGGAAGAGAAGGCGACCAUUCAACAGAACGGAAACAGUUGCUAAACGAAAUUCUUCUCAGCGUUCCCCUGGAGAUGUGGGUUUAGAGACCAAAAUGGGGAUUACAGGAAAGAAAAAGGAAGUGGAAAACUGUAGUACUGUUAUUGUGGUGAUGAGUAUUUUUGUGCUGGUGCUGGUUUUGUUGAAUGUGAUGCUGUUCCUGAAGCUGUCAAAGAUAGAGUAUGCUGCUCAGUCCUUUUACCGCCUCCACCUCCAAGAAGAGAAGUCUUUACAUUUAGCUUCUGCUAUGGUGUCCAGAGCCGAAAAUAUUCCAAAAAACAAAGAUCAGACCCAUCGUUUAAAAGGAGUGCUCCGAGACUCCAUAGUCAUGCUUGAACAGCUGAAGAGCUCACUUAUUAUGCUUCAGAAAACUUUUGAUCUACUAAAUAAGAAUAAGACUGGCAUGGCUGUUGAAAGCUAGUGAUUUUAAGGACUAAAACUGUAGAGAUACUUGCAACUAAAAGAAAACAACUGGAAGAAAACCAGUGGAUGGAGGAUUUUGUCAUAGGAAUAUUUCUGUUUUCUCAUUAAGAUUUCUAAUGUGAACAUUCUUCUUUUCAAUAACAUUUAUAUAAUUAAUCUCUGAUGGCCUUUAGAAUCUAUCCUUACACUUACACGUAUUUUUUUUAAGCUGUGAAUUUCCCAGUGAACUAUGAGAUAUAUUGUGCAAUUUAAUUUCUGUGAUACAAAAAGAAAAUGUGAGUGCUAUAGUCUCAUUUCUACAGUGAGGUUUGAUGUAUUAUCUGUUAGCACAAAAUCAAUAUGGGUCCAAUAGGCUGCUUGGUUAAGUUGAAUAAGCUCAAGAGGCUAAAGAAGAGAAUAUAAGAAGAAACCUCUACAUCAUUACUAAUUUUAAAGUAUCAGUUCUUGGGCAUAUAGACCAUAACAUUUCUAGGUUUGUGUAUUGUAAUUAUUAUAAUGUCUUCAUUUAUUUAGCAUGCAAAUUCAAUAGUCAAACUUUUUGAAUCUGCAUGUUGUUAUUAUCUGAAAGGUUCUUCAACCAUGUUGUCCUAUCUUUAUGAGAGUUUUCUCUUAGGUACCUAGCUACCAGACAGCUAUCAGAGGUGUGAUUAUCUUGCCUCUUCAGACAUCAAACGGUAAAAGAGUCAAUUUAGGAGAUAGGAUACCAGGAUUCAAAAUGAAGAACCAUCCUCUGAGUUUUCAAAACCAGAAGAUAAUGUUAAAAUCAGGGUAUUUAGUGACAGAUCAAGUGCUUAAACUAAGCCUGGCUGUAGCUUAGCAACCUUUCAAGGUAGAAACGAUCCAUCAAGUUGAAAAUAAUCUGUCUUUGCAGUACCAUGUAUGGUUUCAUUGUUUGUAUUUGUGUGUGACUUGUUUUAGUUGGUAAGUUACAAGCCAGACAACAAGCUUUGGCUCUUUCAUGUUAUUUUUUUAGGCAUUUAUGUCUCAAUAUAAGUGGUUUGUGAAAAUAAGGAAGGAUUUUGUAAACUAACGGUAUCAGUCUUUUUUUCCGAAGUUAGGAAAAGUUCACAUAGUGUUUUAUGGUUUCAUCUCUUGAGCUCUUUCUCUGGAACGUACAUAUAAUGUGUAUAUAUUCUUACCAUUUGAACAACUAUUACCUUUAGUUAAAUGUUUUCUUUUUUUCUCAGCCACCAACGCUCCAUGUCAUUGUUAAGGUCAUUUUUGAGAUACCUGUAGAGAACCAAGUAUUGACUUGAUUAAGGAAAUGAUGGGGUUUUUCUGAGUAAAUUUCAUUUAUCCUGGGGGCACUGAGAUUUCCUUUUGGUAAGGAUUUAUGUAGCAUCUGGCUGUGAACCAGAGUGACUGGAUUAAAAACUUGAAUUUUUUGUUAAAUUCACAAAAAUGAUCACUGACAAACAAUAUUUUUGUAAAGUUUCUUUAAAACUUGUACUUAUACCUCAAAGAUUACCUAAGUUGCUUUAUAAAUUAAGGCUAAAUAUGUGUGGAUGCAGAAUUCAGUUUUUAAGAUUUGAGUCUGUUACGUAAAUUGAGUAUCAAUAAAACUGGAAAUAGGUCUGA